UAGUCACAUGACUUGUCAUAUGAUUGUUCAAAAUGGUGGACGGACAGAAGCUAUCGUAUUUUGUGUUGGUGUUUUUCGGUGUUCUGGUAACUGUACAUUGUUCACCAAAUAAAGUUGAUGUUGCGUAUGUAGUGAAAGACAGUUCUGGAUCAUUUAGUAUUAUUAAAACAACUCCAGUUCAAUGGGUGGCAAAGGCAGAGUUUUCAAACAAAGUGAACGAAACUGGGUGGUCUUAUCUGAGUGUGACAACAAAUGGUGACUAUACAGAUGAGGAACAGUCAUAUGCUGCAGGUGCUAUUGAAGGCUACCUCACCAAAGAUCAUAUUACAAUGCACUGGAAAAACACUGUUGAAGGACAAUUCUGUGAAAGACCUUUAAACCCAGAGUGUCAUCAACUGAGAAACUUUCUUCAAAAUAAUUUGGACUGGAUGAAAGAUAACAUCAAAUCUCAGAACACAGUUUACUGGAAUUUGGUAAAAUUAUUCCUUGUUCAAACUGUUGGACUUACAGAUGGUUACUUCAAUAAACUUGGUGGUGUAUCAACAGAGGUUGAUCCUUUUGGACUGUAUGUUUUGUCGUUGAGUGGAGACAUGGAAGAUAUUCCAAAUGCUCUCAAUCCAUACAGGAAGAAGAAGGUGGUUGGUUCAGGAUCAUGCUCUGCUCUGAUCAAGCUGUUGCCAGGCAACAAAGACGUUUAUGUGUCACAUGACACCUGGGAUACAUACCAGAGUAUGCUGAGAAUACUGAAGAAAUACGACUUUGCUUUCAAACCUCAAGGAGAACCUGUUGCUGGUAAAGUGAUAACAAUGUCUUCAUACCCGGGUGUGUUAUUGUCUGGUGAUGACUACUACCUCAUCUCAUCGGGACUGGCAACUCAAGAAACAACUAUUGGGAACAGUAACCCUGCAAUUUAUAAAUAUGUGACCAAAUCAACUGUACUUGAGGGUAUUCGAACAAUGGUUGCGAACAGAAUGGCUACAACAGGAAAUAAUUGGGCUGAGACUUUCUCACUGUAUAACAGUGGAACAUAUAACAAUCAAUGGAUGGUUAUUGAUUAUCGUAAGUUCACCCCAGGCUUUGCACCUUACCAAGGAUUCCUGACAGUAUUAGAACAAAUUCCGGGAACUGUAAAAUAUGAUGAUAAAACAGAUGUGUUAAGGGAGCAGACGUAUUGGCCAAGUUACAAUAUUGCCUAUUUUCCAGAAAUCUUCAACAAAAGUGGUUGCUGGGACAACGUGAAGAAAUAUGGAGACUGGUUCACAUAUGACAAAUCUCCAAGGGCUCAGAUAUUUGCAAGAGAUCAUAUGAAAGUGAAAGAUUUAGAGUCCAUGCAGAGAUUGAUGAGAUACAAUGACUUCCAGCAUGAUCCUCUAGCAAGAUGUAACUGUACCCCACCUUACAGUGCUGAGAAUGGUAUAUCAGCAAGAUGUGACCUGAACCCAGCCAGUGGAACAUAUCCUUUUGGAGCACUAGGUCACAGAUCACAUGGUGGCACAGAUAUGAAGCUGACUAACUAUGCCAUGUACCAGAGCCUAGAGUUUAUUGCAGUAAGUGGACCAACUUACGACCAACUACCACCCUUCCAGUGGAGUAAAGCAGACUUCGCAAAGGACUGUCCUCACCAUGGCCAUCCAGAUGUCUACAAAUUUGACCCGGUUCACUUUAACGGAACCUUGUCUAGUGUACGCCCUUUCAUAACUGUGCAAUAAGACAGAAAUAUUAGCAAGAGGAGUAGAGUAAUUUUCAAAAUUCAAAAUAUCUUAUUUGUUGAUUUCAAUGUGAUAAUUGUUUUUACAAUAAUAAUAGUCAAUCUUUUUUUGACAUAACAUAUAUAUGUAAGUAUUGACCCUCAAAACACAUGUGUUAAACCACACUAAAUAACAUACAUGGACUUGUACACCUUUCAAGCUGGACACAACCAUUCAUAAUUUUUAGGAAAUUUUCAAUAACUGAGUGAAUAGCGAACAUUGCAACAUGUACUAUGAUUAGAUGGAACAAAAUGUGCCAGCUUAUAUUGGUCUGCAUGGUCGCAUGGUUAGAAUUUUUUGUUUUGUUUGUUUGUUUCAUUUUACGCCUUUUCCCAACAGUAUUUCAAUCAUAUAGGCGAUGGUUAGAAUUAGUUGCUGGCCAGUAUUCUAAGGUUAUUAUAUUGUAUGUGAUAUACUGUUUACAAUACAUUUUAUGAUUAUCUAUAGAAAAUUGCUCUUAUUAUAUAUAUAAACAAUAUAAAAUUACUAAUCACUUAUUUGGUUGCCAUGACUUAAUUAGAUAAAACAUUAUGAGUCAGCAGGAAUGUGAAUUUUCAAUGUUUAGUCUUAAUUUUCUGACAUUUUGGCAUACUUAAAGUAUUGCUCAGUUAUAUGUAAAUAAAAUGAUAAAUUCAGAGAUAAAAGGUAAUUGAGUCUGUUGCUCAUCUUAUAAUACUUGUAACUCCACAAAAUUGUGAACUGAUUUUAUAAAAUGAGAUUAACAUUUAUUUUGUAGAUUUAUCCUUUAUUUAAUGAUAAUAAAAAACAACCACAACUACCGGUGUAUGUUAUCUUCCUUGUUUGUUUAUUGUUUUGAUUUUUUUUUUUAAUUGUUAUAAAACAUUUUUUUUAAAACAUUUUUUUUUGUAUUUAGAUAUUAUAAAUGUUGUUAUAUUUUUUACAAUGAAAUAAUAUUUAAUCUGACAAACAUGUGUAUCUAUUUCUGGAAAUUUAUUGUUAAGGUGAUAAGACAUCAUUACCCUACCUUAAAGCAGCAUGCCCACAAAUUCAUGCAAAUUCAAAUGAAAAUUAUGAAAAUGUAUUUAAAAGUAAAAUAUUGUGAAAUGAACAAAGAAAGUAAUUUACACAUUCCAAAUGGCACUUUUAUUCCACGUAAAUUAUCAAAAAGAGGUCAAAACAUGCAAAAAUUGCUCUAACUGCAUAAGUCACGCAGAAGAAAUAUGCUGAUUUAUACUCCAAACUCAGUUCUUAAUCGCACACAAUAUGUAAAUUAUUACUUGAAUUUUGAAUCUUUUAAGUUUUCUUAAAAUAUUUGUAUAUUUUGUUAAAGUUUAAUUUUCAGUUUCCAGUCAAGCAAAAUCAAGCAUAAUAUGGACAUUUAAACCUUGUUUGAAUUACAACUGGGACAACCCAACAUAAUUAUUAAUUUUGUCCCUGUUUGUAUAAUGUGUUGUUAAAUACCUUACUUUGGUUUCUGAAAUAAUGUUGUUAUAACAACUAUUCCAUGUUUAUAAAAAUAAAUCUAUUUUUUUGUAUGAAAAUAUAGUAAUUAAAUGAAUAUAUUUGUAAA